AUGGCCGCUGUUACGUCCCUCCGGGUAACAGACCCUCUUGCACAACAAAGCAAGGACAAUGCGGUGGUCAACGUCACCGAAGUCGACGUCAACGACAACGACAGAUUCAUUGUCCACUCGCCAUACACAGACCCGGAGCACUUGCUGGACCUCGAGACCCUCGACAAUGAGAACGCCCUUCUCGCCAGAGCCUUGUCUCACUUGGAAUGCCUCCGCGCAGACUACGCCACGGCCGACUAUGUCGAAUCUUUCAACUGGGGAGACGUCAUGCGCGAACUCAAAACCCUCGUCCAGACAACAGGUAAAUCGUACAAGGAGACUUCCUUCUACAUUGUGGCGUUCCGCUCGCAAAUUCCGCCCACGACAGUCUAUGGCGACCUCGGAGUCCUGGACAAAGCAGCCCACGCUGAGGCCAACCAAGUUGGGGGUUUCUUGAAAUACUGGUUCGGGAGCCCUGAUGCUGAAGGACGAAACCUCGCAACUUGCGUUUGGAGGUCCAGACCAGACGCCGUCAAGGCUGGCCAUGGUCCUGCUCACCGCAAAGCGAGUCGUGCGACUGCAUCCAUGUACUCAUUCUGGCGGAUUGAUCGGCACCGAUUGGUGAUCCAUGAAGGCGCAGAAAGUUGGGAGAUCAUCGACUGGACAGACUAA